UCCUGCUCCGCGCUGCCACCUGCGGCUCCAGGUGCGCGCCGCCCAGUCCGGACGGGGCGUAGAGCGGCGGAGCCGGGCUCGGCCCUCGGGGCGGGCUAAAAGUUGGAGCAAGCAGGAAGUCGGCCGAGCGCAGCCGGGACCAGAGUCCCCGGGCCAGUUCCUCGCUGCUGCUGCUGCUGCGGCGCUCCCAGCUGUUGUCGGGCCCCGGCGGGACGCGCGCCGAGAUGGAGGAAGCCAGUGGCGGAGGGGGCAGCGACCGGGUGAGGAGCCUCCAGAAUGAGGUGGAAGGGGUGAAGAACAUCAUGACCCAAAACGUGGAGCGCAUCCUGGCUCGGGGAGAAAACCUGGACCAUCUUCGGAACAAGACGGAAGACCUGGAGGCCACGUCAGAACACUUCAAGACCACAUCCCAGAAGGUGGCUCGGAAAUUCUGGUGGAAAAAUGUGAAAAUGAUCAUUCUCAUCUGCGUGAUCGUGGGCGUCAUCCUCCUUCUGAUCAUCCUCUUUGCCACUGGCGUGAUCUAGAGGCUCUCCUUCCGUCUCCCUCCUCUGCAGCACCGAUAUCUGCCCCCUCCUCCUCUGUGCUGUCUGGGGAAGCCUCCUUUCCUCCUCUGUCCCUCCCCUAAGUGGAAUGCUGCCCGGCCACCCCAUGGGCCCUUAUCUGUGGGCCUCUGUCCCGCUCAGCCCGCGCCCUGUACCAGGUGUGGGGGGGAGGAAAGGCGAGGGCGGGCCCGCCCGGUCCGAUGCACUAGACUGUGGCUGAGUUUCAGGGGGCUCUGCCUGGGCCUGUGUCCCUUGGAAUGCUGCUGGUGACCUGUGGGUAAUAAAGACCUUCCAGUGUCCA